AUGUCCACGUUUGGGAAGUUGUUCCGCGUCACCACCUAUGGUGAAUCGCAUUGUAAGUCCGUUGGUUGUAUCGUCGAUGGUGUGCCUCCAGGAAUGUCGCUGACUGAAAGUGACAUCCAGCCACAGUUGACAAGAAGAAGGCCAGGCCAAUCUAAGCUAUCCACUCCCAGGGACGAAAAGGACCGUGUGGAGAUCCAUUCCGGUACCGAGUUUGGCAAGACCCUGGGCACUCCCAUCGCCAUGAUGAUCAGGAACGAAGACCAGAGACCACACGACUACUCCGACAUGGACAAGUUCCCUAGACCUUCCCAUGCAGAUUUCACCUACUCCGAGAAGUACGGCAUCAAGGCCUCCUCCGGCGGUGGUAGGGCGUCCGCCAGAGAAACCAUUGGCCGUGUCGCUUCAGGUGCCAUUGCUGAAAAGUUCUUAGCUCAGAAUUCUAAUGUCGAAAUCGUGGCAUUUGUCACUCAAAUUGGUGAAAUCAAGAUGAACAGAGACACCUUCGACCCCGAAUUUCAGCACUUGCUGAACACCAUCACCAGGGAAAAAGUAGACUCCAUGGGUCCCAUUAGGUGCCCAGACGCCUCAGUGGCUGGGUUGAUGGUCAAAGAAAUCGAAAAGUACAGGGGUAACAAGGAUUCCAUUGGUGGUAUCGUCACGUGUGUGGUGAGAAACUUGCCCACCGGUCUUGGCGAACCAUGUUUUGACAAGUUGGAAGCUAUGUUGGCUCACGCCAUGUUGUCUAUCCCAGCAUCCAAGGGUUUCGAAAUCGGCUCAGGUUUCCAAGGUGUCUCUGUCCCAGGGUCCAAGCACAAUGAUGCGUUUUACUUUGAAAAGGAGACAAACAGACUGAGAACAAAGACCAACAAUUCUGGUGGUGUGCAAGGUGGUAUAUCCAACGGUGAGAACAUCUACUUUUCUGUCCCUUUUAAGUCUGUGGCUACGAUCUCCCAAGAACAAAGCACCGUCACUUAUGAUGGUGAAGAAGGUAUCUUGGCCGCUAAGGGUAGACACGACCCUGCCGUGACCCCAAGAGCCAUUCCUAUUGUCGAAGCAAUGACUGCUCUAGUAUUGGCGGACGCCCUCUUGAUUCAAAAAGCAAGAGACUUCUCCAGAUCCGUCGUUCAUUAA